AACCUCCCAGAGCUGCUAGCCUGGCCGUCUUGUCGAUCAUACUACAGGUGAAAUAUACGAAAUCCAGGUGUAGAAAGCAACUGGACCGUAAUGAUUUGUUCCAAAUGAAAUUGUGUAUACAUAUGAGCAGCGCUGCAGUGCAAUUCAUGUACAUGUCAAGUCAAUUGUGCACUUUGACAGAUUUGUUAAUGUGUUGCUUGAACAUUUACAUGUUCUCUUUUAUAUGGACUGGAUGUAAAUCCGAUCUGCCACCUCUCACAGUUACAGUUGAGCCUUGUCAGGGUACAGAAAGUCUACCUUGCUGAAGAAACAACCAGGCCAGUUGCAGUCUUUAUGCCCGGCAUUAUUUGCAUAAAUGGGUCACGAGGUCUCUCUGCUUUGCAUAGUGGGAAUAUUUCCUGUUUCCCUCAGAACAGGUUUGUGCUGUGCCUCAGGGAUAAGCAGACCUAAGAGAAGAGGCAACAGACACUGUUUCCUCAGUGUCAAAAUGGACUCUUUUAAAGUACCGUGCCCUCAUCAGAGGGUUCCUGUUGAGACGGAUGAGAGCAUGACAUCCUCCAGUCUGGACUUGGCCUGGCCUCCCGCUUGCAAACAGUGUAGUGGACCUACAGGGACCAGCCUGCAAGAAUCUGGCUUAGGACAAGCAGCACACAACGUCGGCCAGUGGAGACUCCCUGAGGGCCGGCACGUUUCCCCCCAACCUUAUAUCAUCACCCCUAAACGUCCGGGACAGAUGAACGGCCUCCAACCUGCAGAUGUUUGGCUUUGUGGUCUCAGAGAGCAGGCGCCGCUGUAUGAAUGGGAUCCCAUGGGUAACUCCAGUAGAGGCUUUGCUGGCCCUUCAGACUGGCCCCAGGGUCACUCUGUGUCGGAGAGAGAACCCUUGGAGGCCCCUUUCUCUCUCCAGACUGAAGUUAACUACACCCGCUAUGGCCCAUCACAAUACCCAGCAGCACGUAUGAAUGGCCCCAAUCCAACGCAGGAGAGUCAUCUCAGACAGUGCGUGUGCUGCACUCCAGCAAAUCCGCCACGUCACAAUAAUAAUAAUUAUCACUAUAAGCGUGACUACCCAGCGGAUCCAUGCAACAAGCCUCACCGCUACCAACAGUCACAGAAUCCCCCCUACGAUAGGCUGCAACUUAAAGAUGGUCCAAAUCCCCACUAUGGAUCUGUACCUAAUCAGCGUGUGGGCCCUCCUAGAGAAGUGAUGCACGAGGUCGGCGUGUACGGCUCCCUCCAGGCCGGUCCAGGGCCGAACACGAGGGAGAUCAGGAAGACCAUCAGCCUGUCUGAGGAGUAUAGGAAUGUUUUCAUCACAUAUUCAGUGGACACAGCAGAAGAAAUCCUUCCUUUCACCAAAUUUCUGACUGAUCAGGGGUUCAAACCAGCGAUUGAUAUCUUUGACAACCCGAUCCGAAGAAUGGGCAUCAACAAGUGGAUGGACAGCUAUUUGAACGACAAAUCGGUGCUCAUCAUCGUGGUCAUCAGCCCCAAGUACAAGGAGGAAGUGGAGGGAGACGGAGACGACGAGCACGGGCUGCACACCAAGUACAUUCACAAUCAGAUCCAAAAUGAGUACAUCCAACAAGGCUGCCUGAACUUCAGACUGGUACCCGUGCUGUUUCCCAACGCAUCCAAGAGAGAUGUCCCCAACUGGCUCCAGAACACCAGGAUCUACCACUGGCCCCGGGACACCCAGGACCUGCUGCUGCGCCUGCUCAGGGAGGAGCGCUACAUCAUCCCACAGCGGGGGGCUGACCUCACCCUCACCGUCCGUCCUCUCUGAGAAACUCUGAAAACAAGACAGAAACAUUUUUAAAAGAACAUUGUUCAUUCUGUCGGAGCCGCUUUGUCUCAUAUGCCUCGAGGAGGACUGUUUUUACGGCAGCAGUUUGGUUCUGAAGUGUUUUCCUUUUGUCGCUUGUUGCUGUUUCCUUUUGAUUCAUGAUUCAUCUGAACAGUGUUUCUAAUCCCAGUACAUACUCUUAAUACCAAUCAAUCCUCUUCUUUGAGGAUAACGUCUGAAAUUAGAUAGAAAAGUUUGAUUUGGGGCAGCAGCACAUUUUAACAUAUCACAAUACAAAGUUCCCUAUUUAUUUCCAGCAAGACACCGCGCCUCUGUGGGUUUGACACUGUGAGCGACCCGCUUUACAUUCCACGCAGUCGUUCAGCCCACACUGUUAAUAUGAAAGUAUUAAGUACUUUCAAAAGCUAGCUCACUCUUGCUUGUUUCUAAAGAUUACCAACCCUAGCUUUCAUUUUGCAAUGCCAUUUUAAGAAGAUAAUAAAAUCAAUAAGUCUGUAAUGAUGAUUUUAAAAUUACAUUCUAAUGUUUUGUGAUUUCUGAUUCAUUUAGAAUAUAGUAUAAUAUGAUAAAACAAACUGCAUGAUUUAUAAUAGCUUUUUUUAUUGUUGAAAAGAUCAUAAUAAACACUGUAAAAGCCUAUAAUUAUUCCAGUGGCAUAC